AUUGUUUAUAAUCCAAAUUAAACUUCCCUGCGUUAGGGUAGACAACAAAACUGCAACGGACUCUUCCUAACAAGUUUUAGAUCAAAUGUUGUGUCAAACAGGUAACAUUGUAUCGGGUGCCAACAUAAAAAUGGGAUUAAUAGUUAUAUUCGGUUCCUCGUAGUUUUCCUACAUUCAACAAACAAGACGAUAAAAACAUAACUUUUACCUUUAUGGGGUUGAAAUGUUCGAGUCUUCCCGCCAGUAACGUUUGCCUUUUCAAUAUAUAUAUUUUUCAAUUCAUUUAAGCGUGAUUUUACGGAUUAAAGUGGACCAGGUCGACCAAGAAAGAAGUGACUCCAUUUAUUUUAAAACCCCGAGUUUAGACUGAAAGGCGAUUGCAACUCCUUGCUCCUUUACCGGUAUUAGCAGUUUCCCAGUUUCCAUGCCUUAAUAGUGUGUGGAAAGCUUCACAAUAGCCAUCUGUAAACGACAUGUUGGGGGGUGUUGCGUACAAACUGCAAAGCAUCACGAAGACGCGCUGCCUGGGAGACGAGAUCUGGGGCAGACGCAUUGGACUUCAUUCAAUAGAAAUCCACACUAGUUGUACACGUUUGUCUCCCAGAAGUUCGUGCAUUUUAUUCGAGAUGAUGCAGAAGUGGGACCCCGCCUCCCGCGCAUGCAGCUGCCGCUUGCGGUAGUGAUGAUGAUGAUGCUGGCGUGCAGGGGAGGACCAAUGACAGCGCAGGAUGCUGAAGGAGGCUGCUGGGCUGAAUGGAGGCGACGGGAUGCCGUCUGUGUAGCAGCACGGGAGAGGAAUUAACAUCGACGGAGGUGCCUCCCAGGCGUUCCCUACGAGUUUGAGGCACCCCGACUCCCACGGCAGGAAAUCACCUCCCCCAUGUGUGGUUCAGCCAGCCUGUGCAGUAUCAUCGCAGCGUGCCCCCGUUAAGGACCCCCCUGGUGGCCACGCGGCCCACUCACGGGACAUGUACGGCAGUGCCAGAGCUGUAAGUCACUUAGAGAGCAGCCCCGCACGCUCCCCGCGCCUGCCUCGGUCCCCCAGACUGGGCCAUCGGAGGGCCAACAGCGGGGGCGGGAGCGGCGCGGGGGGAAAGACGCUCUCCAUGGAGAACAUCCAGUCUCUCAAUGCUGCCUACGCCACUUCGGGUCCCAUGUACCUGAGCGAUCACGAGGGCGUGGGCUCCACGGCCACCUACCCCAAAGGCACUACCACUCUGGGCCGGGCCACCAGCCGGGCCAUGUACGGGGGCCGUGUCACGGCCAUGGGCAGCAGUCCCAAUAUCGCUUCGGUGGGGCUGCACCAUGCUGACCUUCUGUCUUACAGUGACCUGGGCUCCAUCUCCAUGCUGCACUCCCACCACCACCACCACCAGGGGGUGCCCUCCGCCCUGCUGAGGCAGGCGGUGCGGAGCAGUGGGGGAGAACUGCUAGAGAUGCAGGCCCAGUUCAGGGAAAUGCAGAGGGAGAAUGAGAUGCUGCGCAGGGAGCUGGACCUGAAGGACAGUAAGCUGGGCUCCUCCACCAACAGCAUCAAGAGCUUCUGGAGCCCCGAGCUGAAGAAGGAGCGCAUCAUGAGGAAGGAGGAGGCGGCGCGAACGUCUAUUCUUAAAGAGCAGAUGAGGGUCACUCAUGAGGAGAACCAGCUGCUGGAUGCCAGGAGAACAAAGCAUCUCCAGAUGACCAUCCAGGCUCUGCAAGACGAGCUUCGCACGCAACGAGACCUCAACCACCUGCUGCAACAGGAGAGCGGCAACCGCUUAGUCGCCGACCACUUCACCACCAUCGAGCUUACCGAAGAGAACUUCCGGCGGUUGCAGGCCGAGCACGAUCGGCAGGCCAAGGAGCUGUUCUUGUUGAGGAAAACCCUGGAGGAGAUGGAGCUGAGGAUCGAGACCCAGAAGCAGACCCUGGGAGCCAGAGACGAGUCCAUUAAAAAGCUGCUGGAGAUGCUGCAGAGUAAAGGGCUGCCGUCGGGGCCCGGCAGGGUGUCUGAAGAGGAGGAGCAGGAGAGGAACAGGCGCAUCGCUGAGGCUGAGGCCCAGCUUGGACACCUGGAGGUCAUUCUAGACCAGAAAGAGAAGGAAAACAUUCAUCUACGAGAGGAGUUACACCGAAGAAAUCAACUGCAUCAGGAUCCCAGCAAAACAAAGGCCCUGCAAACCAUCAUUGAAAUGAAAGACACCAAGAUUGCCUCGCUGGAGCGCAACAUUCGAGACCUGGAGGAUGAGAUCCAAAUGUUGAAGGCCAACGGCUUGCUGAACACGGAGGACCGUGAGGAGGAGAUCAAGCAAAUGGAGGUCUACAAGAACCACUCCAAGUUUAUGAAGACCAAGAUUGAUCAGCUCAAGCAGGAGUUGUCCAAGAAGGAGUCAGAGCUGCUGGCUCUGCAGACCAAACUAGAGACCCUCAACAACCAGAACUCGGACUGCAAACAGCACAUCGAGGUCCUCAAAGAGUCUCUCACUGCCAAAGAGCAACGUGCAGCCAUCCUGCAAACAGAGGUAGAUGCUCUGCGUCUGCGUCUGGAGGAGAAGGAGUCCUUCCUCAACAAGAAAACCAAGCAGCUGCAGGACCUGACGGAGGAGAAAGGCACACUCGCUGGAGAAAUCAGGGACAUGAAGGACAUGCUGGAGGUCAAAGAAAGGAAAAUCAAUGUCCUGCAGAAGAAGAUUGAGAACUUGCAGGAGCAGCUGAGGGACAAAGACAAGCAGCUGAGCAACUUGAAGGACCGCGUCAAGUCUCUGCAGACCGACUCCACGAACACCGACACUGCUCUGGCCACCCUGGAGGAGGCGCUGUCCGAGAAGGAGCGAAUCAUCGAGCGUCUGAAGGACCAGAGGGAGAGGGAAGACCGAGAACGUCUGGAGGAAGUGGACGCCUACAAGAAGGAGAACAAGGACCUCAAAGAGAAAGUCAACAGCCUGCAGAUAGAAUUAACAGAAAAAGAGUCCAGCCUCAUCGAUCUCAAGGAGCAUGCGUCUUCUUUGGCAUCCUCUGGCCUCAAAAAGGACUCCAAGCUCAAGUCACUUGAGAUCGCCAUUGAGCAGAAAAAGGAAGAAUGCAGUAAGUUGGAGACGCAGUUACAGAAGCAAGCUGAGCAGCUUUUCAGUCACGUGAACAAUCCUAAAGCCCACGAGGUGGAGCAUCAGUCGGGCCCCAGAGGGAACCCGGACUACGUGGACCGGGUGAAGCUGCUGGAGAAGGAGGUGAGCUUCUACAAGGACGAGGCCAGCAAGGCUCAGAUGGAGGUGGAGAGGCUCCUGGACAUCCUGCGGGAAGUGGAGACCGAGAAAAAUGACAAAGACAAGAAAAUCGCCGAUUUGGAAAGCCCCCUUCCUUCCUCUGCCUUUCGCCCUACCCCUCGUCCGGGUGGCAGAGCCCCCCCUGACCCGCUCCCCGCUGUGUCCGCCGCCCCCCCGCAGAUAGGGGGCAUGGUGUGGGACUUCCUGGGAAAACAAGGAGGCAAAGAGCAGACCAAGAAGGGCCAGAACAUCAAACUAGGACCCCAAGGGGACAAGAAAGGCUUGGGACAGGACGCACGUAAAGACAGCUCUUUGGACGGCGGCCAUCAUUCGAAGCUAGAGGAGCUGAUGAACACCCUGGAGAGGACGAGGCAGGAGCUGGAUUCCACCAAGCAGCGUCUCUCGUCCACGCAGCAGUCCCUGCAAGAGCGGGACAGUCACCUGACCAACAUGAGGCAAGAGCGAAGGAAACAACUGGAGGAGAUUUUAGAGAUGAAACAGCAAGCUCUGCUGGCUGCCAUCAGUGAGAAAGAUGCUAAUAUUGCACUGCUGGAACUGUCUGCCUCCAACAAGAAGAAGACCCAGGAGGAGGUGAUGGCCCUCAAGAGGGAGCGAGACAAACUGAUGCACCAACUUAAACAGCACACUCAAAGCAGAAUGAAGCUGAUCGCUGACAACUAUGAGGAUGAACAAUACCACCUCCAUGGUCCACACCACGCCCAGCCCCAGGCCCCUCAGCCUCAGACCCAAUACCCCCACCCGCCCCAUGGCCAGCAGGUCUCGUACGCACACGGCCCUCACAUGCAGCACCCGCAGCACCCACAGACCACCCCGCAGCACCCUCACCCACAGCAGCCACAACUUCAGUACCCUCACAGUCAACACCCGCAGCAGCACCCUCAACCGCCUCCCCAGCACCCACAGCAUCAACAGCAUCCACGCCCCCCACAGCCCCAACAUCCACACCAACAGCACCUCCAGCAUCCUCCGCAGCACCCGCACGGGCAUCCUCCGCCACAGCACCCGCAUCCCCAGCACCCCCAGCAUCCUCAGCAUCCACAUGGGCCUCCUCAACAGGGGCCUCACCCUCAACAUCCGCAUCCCCAGCACCCUCAGCAUCCCCAGCAUCCCCAACAUCCCCAACAUCCCCAGCACCCCCAGGCCCCACACCACGGCCAGCAUCCACGCCACCCGUCGCCUCAUCAUCGUGGAGGGCCGGGCCGAGGACCCCCACACGCUGGCCACCGCCCUUCCCCGGACCAGGACGACGAGGAAGGCAUUUGGGCGUAAUCCUUACAAUGACAACCAAAGUUCCAACGUUGUUUGGAGAGAUGAUUCAGUCACUGCUGGGGGAGCGCAGCCACACAAAGAAACAUGAGACCACCCACCAAACAUUUGUUACCUGCACUCGCCAAAGGAACUUUCGUUGUUUUUCUUUGUUUUUUUUGUGUGUUUGAAGGGGAGGAGACUGUGCAAAGU